AUGGAGUCUUCGCUGAAAAGGGUCUUUUCAGGGACACCCGACCCGUCGGCGCGGCCGUCCAAGCUCAAGAAACUCACGAGCAGCAUCCUCAACAUUUUCCAGCGGCCCAAAGACGCCCAUCUCGACGUGUCCGGAUCACAGCCGUCGAGACCAAACACCAGCAUCGCCCCUAAUCUCAGUCUCAACCACGACUCGUUCCGCUCCCAGUCGUCGCCGAUCACCGCCCGCCAGCUGGAACAGUACUACGAGUCCAUCAAGCGUGAAAACAACAUGCUGUCCUCGAGACUCCGCGACGCAGACGACAGCCUGAAGGCAGAGUCCACGAGUCUGGGCGACGAGACCGUGCUCAACGGCACCGCGCGCUCGCCAGCGCCCCCGGCGGCCGCCAAGCGCAAGGCGUCCGCGUCGGCGAGCCAUCCUCCGCCAAAACAGCCCAAAAAGCCAACACCCUCGUUCUCAAUCGACCCUAUAGAACGCGCUCAGCUGGUAGUGCUCAAACGGAGAAUGCAGCAGGACAAGUACCGCAAAUCGCGAAUGGCGUACCUGCGCGACCACACCAGAAACCUUGUGCACACGUCGUCCAGCGUGUCUGCCAGCUCCAAGUACGUCGACACCUCUGUCGAGACCGUUGAGCAUGCCCCGGAACUUGCAACCAAGACCACGUCGGUGCAGAAAAUCCCAAAAGAGCGGCUCAACCAGCACGGCAUCUUCAAGGCCGUGCUCGACUACGACGACACCGACGAAGAGCCAGAGGCCAAGAAGGUGGAGGUGAAGCCUCUGACCGAGAAAAUAAAGUUUGCACCAAAGAAAGACGAGCAGUUUGCCCCCGAGAAGCUGGCGACCUCGUUCGACACGGCAACAAAGCCGAAGUUUGUGCCCGAGAAGAAGCCAGAACAGCCCCUGGAGUCUGCUCCACUGAAACCAACCCCAGCAUUCACAUUCACGGACAAAAAACAGACAGACUCGCCGACGUUCUCGCUCAAGGCGGCGGACACGGUGCCGAAGUCUGCGGACUCGAAGCCAGACGUUCCGUCGUUUUCGCUUUCGAACGGCUCGUCUGCUCCCUCGGUGUCGCUUCCAAGCACAGCAGGAAAAAGCGAAGACGAAGAGCCAAAGAGAAAGAGGUUUACGUUUGGAUCCAAGCCCGACGAGUCGUCCAAGCCGGCUCCUGCAUUUUCAUUCAACACAGACUCCGCAAAACCGCUGUUUUCGUUCUCCAAGCCCGAGCAGAAACCUGAGCAGCCUGAGCAAAAAGGAGCGGCAGAGUCAAAACCAAGCUCGGCGUUCUCGUUUGGUGCCAAACCUGCCGACUCCGCUGACAAAGCUGCUCUGCCGUCUUUCUCCUUUGGAAGCCAGACGAAGCCAGCCGUGGAGAAAAACGAAGAAAAGAGCCAGGAGGAGAGCAAGCCUGCGCCUUCUGCCGCAUUCUCGUUUGGCUCGAAACCACAGACCCCUGCUGUUUCUUUCUCCAAGCCGGCAGAGGAAUCUGCCAAACCUGCGGCUCCAACGUUUUCGUUCGGCUCCAAAACAGAGCCGGCCAAGCCAGAGCCGGCCAAGAAGCCAGAAACGCCGGCGUUCUCGUUUGGUGCUAAGCCGGCUGAAACGACACAGCAAAAGGACGAGCCUAACAAACCUGCCACACCUUCCUUCUCGUUUGGCCCGAAACCAGCAGAACAGGCAACCCAGCCGUCGGAAACUGCCAAGCCAGCAUUCAGCUUCUCGAGCAACUCAUUCGGCGCCAAACCGGCUGAAAAGGACGAACAGAAACCCGCAGAGUCCAAGCCGUUCAGCUUCGGCGCAGCCAAACCAGCGUUCUCGUUCGGCUCCCAGCCGUCGCAGGCCGCCGCUGUUCCUGCCUCUUCGAGCUUUGGAGCCCCUGCGGGCACGGCUUCCAACCCUGCUUCCGGCUCUGUGUUUGGCUCUGCCGCGCAAGCCUCGACCCCGUCGUCGUCCACGUCUGGCUUCUCGUUCGGUGCCGCACCAAAACCAGCGGCUCCCGCUGCUCCCGCUGCUCAGCCGGCGCCCGCGUUCUCGUUCGGCACGUCGCAGGGCUUCGCGUUCGGCAAGCCGGCCAACAGCGCGAACGGCUCGGCCAACUCUGCCGGAUCUGGCUCGUCUGCGUUCGGGCAGCCUGCACAGCCUGCACAGCCCGGAUUUGGGCUCUCGGGCUCGCUCACCAACCCAGGCGCAGGACAGUCUGUGUUUGGCGGGUCGACGCCGCAGCAGCAGAACAAGAUCUUCAACCUGGACGGCACGCAUUUCGGCCAAGCUCAGCCCCAGGCCCAGACGCCGUCCACGUUUGGCGGGUUCAACCCGUCCAGGUCUGCCACGCCAAACUUCGACUUCACGGGGGCCUCCAGCUCGGCCAACGUGGACCCUUCCUCGGUGUUCUCUGCCGCGCCAUCCACCACGCCUCCCCCAAACACCCAGACGCGCCGCAAGAUCUAUCCGCGGAGCAUGCUGAGAGGAAGAAGAUAG